GAAAGGAACUGGGUCUGGGCUAUUUUCGGGUCUUGGUGUCAUGGGAAAUUGCUUGUGUAGAUGGGAGCCUUCGAUUUACAGAGUCUCCUCCAAUGCUAAGUCAGAAUCCCCUAAGUACGGGAGCCCAUCCGUGAAACAUAAAAGGGAUGAAAGUAAAUUACCGUCAAAUCCUGCGGAAGUAGAAGAUCUGCGCCGUGACACAGCUGCCAAUCCGCUGAUUGCAUUCACCUAUAGCGAGCUGAGGAUCAUCACUGCAAAUUUCAGGCAAGAUCAGGUGUUGGGUGGCGGUGGAUUUGGAAGCGUGUACAAAGGGUUUAUCUCAGAGGUUGCGGAGGGGCUGGAGCCUCUCCAAGUUGCUGUAAAGGUUCAUGACGGCGAUAACAGUUAUCAAGGCCACCGUGAGUGGCUGGCAGAAGUCAUAUUCCUGGGGCAGCUUUCUCAUCCGAAUUUGGUGAUGAUCGGGUACUGCUGCGAAGAUGAACAUCGAGUGUUGAUAUACGAGUACAUGGCUCGGGGUAGUGUGGAACAUAACUUAUUUUCGAGAGUAUUGCUUCCUCUUCCAUGGUCUAUCAGAAUGAAAAUUGCAUUCGGUGCUGCCAAAGGUCUUGCUUUCCUCCAUGAAGCUGAGAAGCCGGUCAUCUACCGUGAUUUCAAGACGUCUAAUAUUCUCUUAGAUGAGGAGUAUAAUGCCAAGCUCUCUGACUUUGGUCUUGCGAAAGAUGGACCUGAAGGAGACAAAUCACAUGUUUCCACUCGCAUAAUGGGAACAUAUGGAUAUGCUGCGCCAGAAUAUAUAAUGACAGGGCAUUUGACUCCACGGAGUGAUGUAUACAACUAUGGCGUAGUCCUUCUAGAACUUCUUACGGGGAGAAAAUCCUUGGAUAAGUCUAGGCCUGCACAGGAGCAAAACCUCACAGAUUGGGCCCUUCCUUUGCUUAAAGAGAAGAAGAAGAUACUCAACCUUGUGGAUCCGAGGCUGGAUGGCGAUUAUCCCAUCAAAGGUGCAAAAGCGGCGAUGCUCGCCUACCAUUGCUUGAACCGGAACCCCAAAGCUAGGCCUCUCAUGAGAGACAUAGUAGAUUCCUUUGGAGCCUCUUCUGGUAAAUGA